CGCCCCGGAAGCGGCGGAGUCGCCAUGGGCAGAGCUGUGACUGUGGCCGCCUGCGCUCUCAACCAGUGGGCCCUCGACUUUGAGGGCAACCUGAAGAGGAUUGUCAGAAGUAUUGGCAUCGCAAAGACCAAGGGAGCCCGGUACCGGCUCGGUCCGGAGCUGGAGAUCUGUGGUUAUGGGUGCUUGGAUCACUACUAUGAGUCUGACACACUCCUGCAUUCGUUUCAAGUUCUGGCAAAGCUUUUGGAGUCUCCAGCUACCCAAGAUAUUAUCUGCGAUGUGGGAAUGCCUGUUCUGCACAGAAAUGUUCGCUACAAUUGUCGAGUGAUCUUUUUAAAUAAAAAAAUUCUUCUGAUUAGACCAAAAAUGUCAUUGGCAAAUACAGGAAACUACAGGGAACUUCGAUGGUUUACCCCAUGGACCAAAGCAAGGCAUGUAGAGGAGUAUUUUCUACCCAGGAUAAUUCAGGAAUUAACUGGUCAGGAAACUGUUCCUUUUGGGGAUGCAGUGCUAGCAACCUUAGAUACCUGCCUGGGGGCAGAAAUAUGUGAAGAACUCUGGGCACCAAACAGCCCUCAUAUUGAAAUGGGACUGGAUGGUGUGGAAAUCUUUGCUAACUCUUCAGGGAGUCACCAUGUGCUGCGGAAGGCUCACACCCGGGUGGAUUUGGUGAAUUCUGCCACAGCAAAGAAUGGUGGAAUAUAUAUUUUAGCUAACCAGAAAGGCUGUGAUGGUGAUCGUCUGUAUUAUGAUGGCUGUGCCAUGAUUUCGAUGAAUGGAGAAACAGUUGCACAAGGAUCCCAGUUUUCACUUGAUGAUGUGGAGGUGCUGGUGGCCACUCUAGACUUGGAGGAUGUUCGAAGCUACAGAGCAGAGAUUUCUUCUCGUAACUUAGCGGCAAGUAAAGUAAAUCCUUAUCCCAGAGUAAAAGUGAAUUUUGCUCUGUCAAGUUCUGGUGAUGUAGCCGUACCUACUUGUAUGCCAAUCCAGUGGAGACAUCAUAGUCCUGAGGAGGAGAUCAGCCUUGGUCCUGCAUGUUGGCUUUGGGACUAUUUAAGGCGUAGCAAACAGGCAGGAUUCCUCCUACCUCUUAGUGGUGGAAUUGACAGCUCUGCUACAGCUUGCAUAGUAUAUUCUAUGUGUCACCAGGUUUGCCUGGCAGUCAAGAAUGGAAAUGCAGAUGUGCUGGCUGAUGUGUGCAGGAUUGUGAAUGAUGAGAACUAUGUCCCUGAGGAUCCUCGAGAGUUUUGCAAGCGUGUCUUUACCACUUGCUAUAUGGCUAGUGAGAACUCCUCCCAGGAUACUUGCAACAGGGCAAAACUUCUGGCUGAGCAAAUAGGCAGCUACCACAUCAAUCUGAACAUAGAUGCAGCUGUGAAAGCUAUUGUGGGAAUUUUCAGCAUGGUGACGGGUCGAACUCCCCUGUUUUCUGUCUUUGGAGGGAGCAAAAGAGAAAACCUGGCUCUCCAGAAUGUGCAGGCUAGAAUAAGAAUGGUCCUUGCCUACCUGUUUGCCCAGCUGACACUAUGGACUCGUGGGAUGCCAGGGGGACUUCUGGUGCUAGGAUCAGCCAAUGUGGAUGAAAGUCUCCGAGGUUACCUGACAAAGUAUGAUUGCUCAAGUGCUGAUAUCAAUCCCAUUGGUGGAAUCAGCAAGACUGAUCUGAAGAACUUCAUUCAGUAUUGCAUUGAAAAUUUUCACCUCACAGCCCUCAGAAGUAUCAUGUCAGCUCCACCCACUGCAGAGUUAGAGCCCCUGGUGGAUGGACAAGUGGCUCAAACUGAUGAGGUGGAUAUGGGAAUGACAUAUGCAGAGCUCUCCAUCUAUGGCAAAUUAAGAAAAAUCGCAAAGGCUGGACCAUACAGUAUGUUCUGUAAGCUGAUUAAUAUGUGGAAGGAAAUUUGUACUCCAAGAGAGGUGGCAUCGAAGGUUAAGCAUUUCUUCAGGAUGUAUUCACUUAACAGACAUAAAAUGACCACCCUCACUCCUUCCUACCAUGCUGAAAACUACAGUCCAGAUGAUAACCGGUUUGACCUGAGGCCUUUCCUUUAUAACACUACAUGGUCCUGGCAAUUUAGGUGUAUAGAUAAAGAGGUAUCCAAGCUAGAAAAAAAGGAAGAAAUUUCUCUCGUUGAAGAUACGGACUGAUUUGCUGUCUUGUUUAACUGUGGUAAUUAACUUGCUAAGCAGAAUAGCAGAAUGUUCAAAACAGGAGUAAUAUUGUGAUGAUGAGCAGAGAUGACCCAAACAGUUGUUGACAUGACCAUAGUAAAUGGUAUUUGUAAUUUGUUUUGUUUUGAUUGACUUCCCAUUUUAUUCCCAAUAUACGUACACUGUAGUUUGGCUAAGGAAUAUUUUUUUAAGGAUUUUCUUCAACUUCUUGAGUUAAUAGCCUUUAAUUAAAAGUAUUUGGAUAUCAGCCAUAAAUAAAUGCAGGGUACUUAGUCUUCUGUGAAAGUGAAUACAUAUACAAGUAGUAAGUUUGGUUCUGACAACUUGGGAUAUGAUUUUUGAGUAACAUUUAGCCAAAAGUGUAAAAUUUUAACAGCUCUGGCAUGUGCCGUAGAGGGGAAAAACUCAUUUUACUUUGCAAUAAACUCGUAAUUUUGUAAUGCUAAUUGGCUCAGUUCCUACUUUGUGUUUUUUAUUUAGCUAGCAUGGGCCAUGCAGUCUGGUCGAGUGUUUUCAGUGGCUACAUAAGGUGUAAUUUGGCAAGGGAGUAAGUCUAACUUGAAGCAGAUGGGUAAUCCAAUUCUUAGUGGGAUCCAAAUUAGAGUUCAGCUUCUUGUUUUGCAUGUACUUGCUGUGUAACCUGUGCCAAUAAACUUUAAAGUCUUUGACUUAAUUUUCUCAUAAAGGAGCAAUACCUACUUCAUCAGGAUGGUUAGCGGAUUGCUUCAUUGUUACUGCUCACCAAGAUCCUCAGUUGUAUUUUAAGGAAUUUGAAUAAAGUUGGCUUGGUGUGAUUUCCCUCCUGGCAUUUUUGAUGUGUAAAGGUAAUUGAUGUACCUGGAAUAAGAAAUAUCUUCUGGUGCAUUAUGUCUUGAAUAGAGAGGACACAAGGUUGGUAUCCACACCACUGUUGUUAUUCCUAUAUGCUCUGGUGCUGUUUGUCCAGGAGGUAUGAUCUGUUAUCAGUGACCAUGCCAGCAGUGCGUGAUUGGACUUGUCCACCUAAUCCCUUUACUGUUUGAAUCAAGCUCACUUGGGUGUAAAACAUCUGGAAAUGGAGUCAGUACUGCAGAUGAAGUAUAAAGCUAGCUUCCUUUCAGCACCUUCCAUCUACUGUUUGAAAAAACUUAUUUUAACUGCACAGCUUUGUCAAUUUUUUAACUGUGUCCCAUGCUAUGGAAUAAUAAAAAAGUACAAGGAUAGGCUUGUACCUUCUCAUUAGUCUCUCUUCUGCUCAUUCAUUUGACGUCUGGCCAGUUCUCCUGUUUAAAAAAAAAAGUUGAAAGUUGUGCUUUUAAUAGGGAAAACUAGAAGUGCAUUUCUGGGCAAACAAUGCUGUGACUGUGACAGCAGGAGAGCUUAGGCCAAAUGAGACUCUUAAAACUGGUCAUAUAUUGUGUUAAUGAAAAAUGCCUGCUAAAAGGGCAUAUUCUCCACAUUUGUUUUCCACAAUCCAGAAAGUCAGAGUUAAUUCAGUUGCAGUUAAAGAUGCUGCAUUGUUCUUGGUGGGUUUGUUAUAUGGUAUGCAUUUAGGCCUUAGUGUUUGUUGGUGGUACUAAGAAGUUUGACGGAAAAUCUCAGCUGCGAUUCAUCUUCCUUCACGAUCAUUUGAGCACUUCUACUUCCUGUUCCUGCCAGAGGGCAGUGGCUGGAUUCUGAACAGAAGUUCACUGUACAUUUGAAGGCUUCUUACUUCCUUUUUUUUUUUUAAU